AUGGCCACCGUUAUCCAGUAUCGGGAUCAAAGGCACACUUCGCCAAAGAGUUUUCAGCCGGAAUUUACAUUACGAAUCUAUAUGGGUGUGAGUUUGAAGUGGCUAUCGGAUGUGGAAAACAAAUCGCAGAGGUUGAAUGGAAUUGGAAGAUUAACUAAGCUUACAGCACCAAGUGCAGAUAAUGUAAAGCCAACAACAACAGGCAGAACAUUGCGCUGA